AUGGCUCCAGUGAGCGUAUCCUCCACGCGUGUCGAAGAGUCCACCAUCCACUCAAAGCACGAGAUUCAGAUUCCCCGGUCAUCAAUUGAGAAGUUCGAAAUAUACCGCCGCCUCGUUCCUCUCGUGUCCGAACAAAAUAUUAUCCAUGUCAACGCAGCAUUUAUGCCACCUUCCAAUCUGAUUGUGCGUGAUGCAAUAGAUCAAUUUUGCAACCAAGGUCUACAUCACCAAUCACCUAAGGCCAAAUGGAAGAGCGAUGUUGAAGAGCUGCGAGGGCUGGUUGCGAAAUAUCUCAAAACAAAGCCAUCGUCCCUUGCUUUCACACGAGACACCACCGAGGCGAUGGGCUCUUUCAUGAACAGUCUCAACUUUCGUCCCGGGGACAAUGUAGUCAUUUUGGACUGCGAGCAUCCAAACCAAGCAUAUGGAUGGCUCUCGCUUCGCAAAGCUGGACUUGAAGUGAGGCAAGUGCCUACAAUGCAAGAUGGCAACGUGGCUGCUAACGCUGCAACUUUCGCUCCGUACGUGGACGAACGAACAUGUGCAAUCGGCCUUAGCUCAAUCAUGUUCCACAACGGGCAAUGGAAUGAUAUUGCCGAUGUCGUUGCAGCCUUCAAGCCGCAAGGGAUCCAUAUCCUUGCAGACUUGACUCAACAGGUUGGUUUCACGGAUUUGGACAUCCAUGAAUUAGGGGUCUCUGCCGCAGCAUUCAGCUUGCACAAAGGAUUCAACACACCCACGGGGCUAGCUGUUAUGUACGUGAGUGAUGAGUUUCUCAUGGCAGUUGACCCUGUGCCACCCAUCGUUGGCUACGGCUCCAUAUCCACUCCUUCUGAAGAUUUCCAAGUUCCAUCUGGUCCAAUUUCCUUUCAUCCGACUGCUCAAAGAUAUGAGCAUGCAAACAUGUGCUUAAUUGGUGCUGUUGCUGCAAAGGCCUUUCUUCAAUUACAUCUGGAUGUUAUGAAUCCCGGAAACAUCCAGGGCCAUCUGUACAGGCUUGGUGAUUUGCUUCGUUCGGGGUGUGAGCGACUUGGAGUGGAUAUUCUCGGACCUGUCGAUCAACAGCAUCACGCUCCUCAUUUGUAUACCCUGAAACUGUACAAUCCCGAAUGGUGUGAAUUUUUCAAGGCCAAUAACGUGGUAGUGUCCACUUUUCGCUGGGGAGUGAGAGUCUCUUUUGGAUUUUACAACAAUGAGACAGAUGUGAAACGGUUUCUUAAUAUCAUCAAACGAGGGUUCGAGGAAGGGAUUUUAGAAGACUAG